AUGGAUGAGCAUGUCGACGAUUUAAAACCGAUUAAGCUUUGUUGGUCUAUCCAAGUUAAGGUUCUUAACAAAUGGCGUGAGAGAUCUGAAGCCGGUUAUCGAGCUUUACGCAUGAUUUUGUGUGAUAAAAGGGGUUCUAUGAUUGAGGCUAAAAUCAAUUCCGAACUCAUUACUGAGUAUGAUUCCGAGUUCAAAGAUGGUGACUGGAUAUCUCUUCACCAUUUUGAAUUAGAUUUGGUAACUGGGGAUAUGAGAACUACACGUCAUGCUUAUCGGAUCAAUUUUCUUCCUUCGACAAUUUUGAAUCUGAUACCUGACAAAGACGAUCUUCACUAUACACUAUAUCCAUCCUCUUUCCUUGACGUUUUGGAUGAUAAACUCAUAAGAACUUACCUGAUAAAUUUGAUUGGAUAUGUGGUUGAUAUCGAAGACAUAAAAUACUCUGACCCAAGUAAACGAAGCGCUGGUUAUGCGAUGACGUCUUUCAAAAUUAAGGACGCAAACAAUUAUGUACUGCCGUGUGUUGCUAUCGGAGAUCUUGCUGAGCAUUUUCACGAUGAGUGGAAAAGGACUAGGAGUUCGCGGGUUGUUUGUGUUUUGCGGUGGUGGGGAGUCUAUAAAGUUUCCGGAUAUAUGGUUAUCCAAUCGGUUGGUAGAUGCAGUCGUUUGGAUCUUGAUCCUGAUAUGCCUGAGGUUGCUGAUUUCCGAGUAAAUUGUAGGUCGUCUGCUUCGACAGGCUCUUCGCGGUAUAGAGCCUGA